GUGGACACGAGAGCAGCGAAGAGGAGGUCAUGAAGGCAUCACAGAUGUGGACCACCAUGAUGACCACCGUGAUGAUGAUGAUGAUGAUGAUGAUGAAUGAAGGGACGCCGCUUGUAUCUAAGCAGAACUGGUGUUCCAACUCCACCGUGUUGCGGACUCGCACGUUGUGUCACUCGUGCAGCCUGGCUGCCAUCCUGCCCUGUCCUUCCGGCUACAAGAAGACCCCCGGGUCCACGGCACAGGACUGCCAGUAUCACAUUGGCAGUGCCACCCUAAAGCUGUCAAUCCCUGGUUGUUCCUUUGAGUGCUACAAGGAGGCGGAGCUUAAAAGAUGCUGUCCAGGAUACUGGGGACCUGACUGCACUGAAUGUCCUGAAGAGCCAGAGCGGCCCUGCAACAACAGAGGAUCCUGCUCCGAUGGCCUCGGAGGGAACGGAACCUGCAGGUGUCAGGCGGGCUUUGCAGGAAGCGCCUGUGAGGACUGUGAAGCGGAUCGAUACGGCCCAAGCUGUAGCGCGGUCUGCUCGUGUGUUCACGGCGUGUGUGAUGGCGGCCUCAAAGGCAACGGCGCCUGCACGUGUUUCUCCGGGUACACGGGUCCACAGUGUGAUCAAGAGCUUUCGGCGUGUGCGUCCCUUCGGUGCCCGUCCACGUCGCGCUGCGUGGAAGAAGGUCUGACGGGCCGCCUGGUGUGCCGGUGUCUGCUUGGGUACCGGGAGUCCGGUCACGAGUGCUUGCCCGUGAACCCGUGUGCACAGCGGGUGUGUCACAUGCACGCCACUUGUGUCCACUCUGGUCCAAACCAGCACCUUUGCACCUGUAACCAAGGCUACAGUGGGGACGGGCGCGUCUGCAUGGCAGUCGACCCGUGUCAGACCAAGCAGGGCGGCUGCUUGGCCGCGUCCAGCCGCUGCGUCUACGACGGGCCGGGCGAGUCUCAUUGCGAGUGUCUUCCCGGCUUUGACCCACGGGCGGAUGGCAGUUGUCACCUGGUGGACGCGUGCACGGCCGAGUCAUGCCACAGGAAUGCCAACUGCACCACGGUGGAACCAGGACGGGUCCGGUCGGUCCAUUGGUCCGCAGGUAACUCAUCUGUAGGGUCGGUCCAGAUGCUGACCAGACUUUCUUCCAGGUGCACCUGUCUGCAGGGUUACCAUGGCGAUGGAAAGGUUUGCUACGGCAACAUCAUCCAGCGUCUGAUGGAGCUCAACACGGCGCCUGGUGGCCCGUGGAGCGGUCAGCUGACCAGCGCCAUCACGCUGUUCGGGUCUGUGUCAUGGCCCCUGCAGAACUUGGGUCCGUUUACCCUUUUUGUUCCCAUCAACAAAGGUUUCAGAGGAACCUCGCUGCGGACCCUGACUGCCAACCCGUCUAAAGCCAAGUACCUGUGCAAGAUGCACCUGGUUGCCGGGGUGAUGAACUUUGACACCCUGAAGGAGAGCGACAUCUUCUACACGCUGACGGGGAAGUCGGCGGAGAGCGAGACAUCUGAGGGGGACUCGCAGACUAAGAUCCGAAUCCACGGCAGCAGGAAGAGGGGUGUGGUCAUCCAGCCGGACCUGGUGGCCUCCAACGGGAUAAUCCACAUCAUCAACAGGCUGAUGGACAGCGUGGCGCCCACAGUGGAGAGCGACGUUCAGGAGAACCUGAUGAAGAUUCUGUCCAACUACGGCAAGUUUGGAACGUUCACAUCCUUACUGGAGACCGCUGACUUGGCUUCCAUCUUGGACGUCCCGGGCCCGGUGACGGUCUUUGCCCCUGUCAGCUCGGCAUUUGACGCCAUGGCAGAGGGUCACCUGGAAUACCUGCGUAGCCGAGCGGGCGCCACCAAGCGGGUGGAGCUUCUGAGGAAUCACAUCGUGCCGUCCACGCAGUUGGAUGUCUUCACCGCCGUGUCCGGCCCACUACUUUCCACCAUGGCCAAUCAGGUGCUGAGCAUUACCGUCAGUCAAAAUGGUCAGGUGAUGGUGAACACGGCGGCGGUGUUGGAGGCGGCGGUGGAGGCAAAGAACGGUCGUCUGUACGUGGUUGACGCGCUUCUGAUGCCGGCGUCCAUCGAGCCGCUGCUGCCUCACAGGUGCGACGUCACGGAGAGCGAGAUCGUCAAGGGCCAAUGUGUGAGCUGCUCCAAAGUCAAACUGUCACAGUGCUCGUCUGGAGGCGUCUACACGGGUUCCUCCGUCUUCGGCUGCCUUUACAGUCUCUCCGUUGGCGGCGCCGUGCUUGGUUUCCCGGUGACCGGAUGCUCGCCGCUCUGUAACGUUUCCGUCACGACGCCCGCCUGCUGUAACGGGUUCUACGGUCCAGACUGCAAGCCCUGUCCCGGAGGACACCAGACGCCGUGCUCAGGACGCGGUCAGUGCUUCGACGGUAUUGAAGGAAACGGAACUUGCAACUGUCCGCCAAACCUCAGAGGCUCCCGCUGUCAGCUGUGCUCAUCCUCGAACAAGUUUGGACCCGAGUGCGACACCGCGUGUCCUUGCAUCCACGGACUUUGCGACAAUCGACCCGACUCGGACGGACGCUGCAAGCGGGACUCGUGUCAGCCAGGCUUCACGGGUCGCUUCUGCGAGCGCAGGACCACGGCGUGUGGCUCGCUGGCCCGGUUCUGCCACGCCCAUGCCGACUGCGACCUCGGCCGGGGAACCCCAAAGUGUGUUUGCCGACCUGGUUACCAAGGCGAUGGAAUCACCUGUGUGGAAUUGGACCCGUGUGCUCCACCCUUUCGGGGCGGCUGCAGUGUGAACGCCAGGUGUGUAAAGACGGGCCCGUCCACCCGCGCCUGCCAGUGUCUGACCGGGUGGCAGGAAGAUGGAGAAGAGUGUCAGCCAAUCAACAACUGUCUCGCUGCUGACCGCGGCGGCUGCCACCCCAACGCCACCUGCGUCUACGUGGGCCCGGGACAGAGCGACUGCACAUGCAACAGCGGCUACCGAGGAAACGGGCGGGAGUGCGACGCGCUCAACGGGUGCGUCGGUCAGAAUGGCGGCUGUCACUUCCUGGCCAGCUGCAAGCUGCGCUCGUCCCAGUGGACGUGCGUGUGCGAUGACGGCUACGCAGGAAACGGUCGCUUGUGUUACGGCAGCAUUCAGCAGGAGCUGGCGAUGCUUACGGACGCUUCGGACUUCCUCACGUGGGCCGCUGAGGCGGGUCUACGUCACCUACUGGCGGACCAGAACCAGAACAUCACGCUCUUGUUGCCGUCAUCCGCCGCGGUCGCCAAAAUGUCUCCAGAGGACAAAGAGUUCUGGAUGGCCAAGGGAAACCUAGCGAGUCUCCUCAGACAUCACAUGAUCGCCGGCGUCCAUCCGCUCAACAGCCUCAGCAACACUUCCUCUCUCACCUCGCUUCUCAACACGCCACUUCCUGUUUCUACCAGCCAGGAGAUGACGCGUGUGGGCGGGGCAGGCAUCAGCACGGCUGACCUGGCUGCGACCAAUGGGAUCAUUCACCUGGUCGACGCGGUUGUGCUUCCAGACAGGAAGCUGAGCGAAGGCCCGCUGGCGACACUCCAAAAGCUCCCGGAACUUUCGCUCUUCACGUCGUACCUCAUGGAAUACCAGCUGAUGGAUGAGAUCGAGCGGGCCGGCGACUUCACCAUCUUUGCUCCCACAGACGCCGCCGUCAAAGACUACCUCGACAAAAUGGCUGCCACGGCACUGGAUGUCAAUACCACUCGUUACCACCUGGUGGCAUCAGAGCGCCUGCUGAAGACCCGCCUGCAGUCUGGGGGCUACCAACAAACCCUGCUUGGGUUCCGCUUCCAGCUGGGCUUCUUCCCACGAGACGGAAAGCUGUUUGUCAACGACGCUCCCAUCAACACGUCCAACAUCCUGAGCGGGAACAACGGUGUGGUUCACAUUCUCUCUGCCGUUCUGAAUGUCAAGCGGAACCGCUGCGAUGAGAUCCGCCAGCACAAAGUGAAGGGUUCCUGUGUGGACUGUCUCUACCCACGAGGAGACCUCUGUCCGGCCGGCAGCAGUCCAGACGAAAAGUCCAAGAGGAUGAAGUGCAUGUUCACGCGUUCCUUCGAGGGCGAGCGUUUGCUGACCAUCGGUUGCCGGGCAACGUGCUUGCAAACCCAAAUCGUGCACACGUGUUGCCGUGGCUUUUAUGGGCCGCACUGCGAGUCCUGUCCCGGGGUCGAAGGUCAGCCGUGCUCCGGGAACGGCAUAUGUUUGGACGGAACCAACGGAACCGGACGGUGUCGCUGCAAUGAAGGCUUUGUGGGAACGGCUUGCGAGACUUGCCAAGCCGCCAAGUACGGCAUCCACUGCGACCAAGCCUGCCGCUGUCAAAAUGGCCGCUGCAACGACGGGCCGAGUGGCGACGGGACGUGCAAGUGCGAUGUCGGCUGGCGGGGCGUCCUGUGUGACGAAGAGAUCCGGUCCACUGCACAACUUUGUGGUUCCGUCCCGUGUCACACCAGUGCAAACUGUGUGGUCCGACCAUCCGGAUCAGAAUGCUGGUGUGCUGCCGGCUUUCAGGGAAACGGAACCUUCUGCCAAGCUGAAGACGCGUGUGCGCGGGAUAACGGCGGCUGCAGCUUGUUCGCGGUGUGUAAACGGACGCGACCCGGCCAGCGUGCCUGCGUGUGUGACCCGGGCUUCUCUGGCGACGGGCUGGUGUGUGUCGAGAUAAACCCGUGCCUGGAAGGAAAUGGUGGUUGCCAUGCCAACGCCGACUGUGUGCACGUGGCUCCAAACAAAACGUCUUGCCGCUGCCUGGACGGCUUCGCAGGAGACGGACGCAGCUGCACGGCCAUCGACUUGUGUCAAAAGAGAAAUGGCGGUUGUCACGGGAACGCCAGGUGCAACAUGAGCGGCCCUGGCGUUCGCACGUGCACGUGCACGUCUAACUUCAUCGGCGACGGUUUGAGCUGCAAAGGCACCCUGGGCAAGGAAAUCCUAGGUCGCCGCCUACGGGACUUCUACCUGGACCUGAUGUUUGCAGAAAUAUCGCUGAAAGGUCGCGGCCCCUUCACCGUAUUCGCUCCGAGCACGUCCGCCUACCUGGCGGACAAGCGCGGCGUGGGCAGGAUGAAGCGUCUGAUGUCCGACAAGCACAAAGAAGAACUGGGCGCCGUCCUGCGUGGUCACAUGGUCAUGUGUCACACGCUGCUGCCCGCUGACCUGCGCCCACCUCAGAACCUCACCACCUUGUCUGGACUGGUCCUGACCACCUCCUCGUCCUCCCAGGGCAGCAUCUUCAUCAACGAGGCCAGCGUCACCUACAGCGACGACCUCAGCGUCAACGGAAUCUUCCAUGAGAUCGACAGGAUUCUGUUCCCGCCCGGCCUCGACGCCAAGAUGGAGUUGGACCCGGGCGUCAACUUGACGCACGUGGCCGAUCGCCACGGUUACACAACCUUCUACAAGCUGCUGCAGGACACGGGCGUGAUGGGCGCGGUGCAUGAUGGGAUGUACCAGCCCGUCACGAUGUUCCUGCCCUCCGAUGCCGCCAUGGCGACCUUGCCGCCGGAGCAGAAGGACUUCCUGCUGCACCCACACAACCGCCAGCAGCUGAAGGAGUACCUGAAGUAUCACGUUCUCCCCAACCACAAGGUUUACGCAGAAGGUCUGAUCCAUUUGGACUCGGCUCGCACGCUGCAGGGCUCCUCCCUCUCCUUCAGCUGCGGCGGGACGGAUGAGAUGGGGCAGAUCUUGGUGAACGACGGAAAGUGCCGCAUCGUCCAGAGACAUCUGGUGUUUGACAGCGGCAUCGCGUACGGCAUCGACUGCCUGCUGACCCCGCCCAGUCUGGGGGGGCGCUGCGAUGAGCAGACCAGCUUUGACCUCAAAAUGAGCUGUGGCGUGUGCGCGUCCUCGGCCAAUCGUUGUCCAGGAGGAUCCAAACUGAAGGCGGUGGAGAAGUGCGACCUGCCCGCCAUGUUUGUCAGCAGGAACUCGGGCUGCCGCAGCGUGUGCACGCUCGGGGUGUGGCAGCCUAAGUGUUGCCGUGGUUACUACGGGCGGGACUGUCAAGCGUGCCCGGGCGGUGUGGGUGCCGUUUGCAGUCACCAUGGCAACUGUGACGACGGCCAUCUUGGUAACGGCACUUGCACGUGCGCCGCAGGCUUCGGGGGCGUGGCCUGCCAGUUUUGUGCCGACGGGUUCUAUGGCGCCAACUGCAAAGCCUGCAACUGCUUGGAACACGGAACGUGCGAUGACGGACGAAGAGGGACCGGGUCUUGCUUCUGUGACGCCGGCUGGACGGGUGAACGCUGUGAGACCGAGCAAGCUGAGGUCUUCCGGUGUUCUCCGGCUUGCUCCGUCAAGGCCGUCUGCCAGGACAACAACACCUGCGUGUGUCGGCCAUUUUAUGAGGGAGACGGAUACACGUGCACAGUGGCGGCCCUGUGUGACGUGUGGAAUGGCGGCUGCGCUACGGAGGCCAAGUGUUCUCAGCGAGGCGAGCGCGUGACGUGCACGUGUCCUCAAGGCCACUCUGGGGACGGCUUUACCUGCCGGCCUAUUGAUCCCUGCGUUGCCGGGGACAACGGCGGCUGCCACGAACACGCCACAUGCGUCAUGAUGUCGCCGGCAAAGAGGAAGUGCGUCUGCAAAGACGGCUUCAUCGGAGACGGCGUCGCUUGUGAGGUCAAACAGCUUCCUGUUAGCCGCUGUCUACAGGGCAACGGGGGAUGUCACCAGGACGCACGCUGCACCGACCUCCAUUUUGAAGACGUGACAGUGGGCGUGUUCCACGUGCGUUCGGAGGACGGCCAGUACAAGAUGAACUACACAGCGGCACGAGCGGCGUGCGCCGCCACAGGGGGGGUCUUGGCUUCAUCCACGCAGUUGUCCUAUGCUCAGCAGGGCGGCUUGAACAUGUGCGCUGCCGGCUGGUUGGACGGGGCCCAGGUGGCGUACCCCACCACCUACGCCAACCCCAACUGUGGCUUUGGGCACGUCGGCAUCGUGGAUUACGGCGUCCGCAAGAACCUGAGCGAGACCUGGGACGCCUUCUGCUUCCGGAUGAAGGACGUGAACUGCGAGUGCAAGUCCGGCUACGUUGGAGACGGCUUCAGCUGCACGGGAAACCUUCUGCAGGUCCUCACGUCCACGCCUGCCUUGUCCAACUUCCUCACUCAAGUCCUCAACGUGUCUCAGAUGUCGGAAGACGGGAGACGCUACGUCCAGCGUCUCCAGGACCCCGCUGUCCGGUCCACGCUCUUCGUCCCCGACAACGACAGCCUGAUGGACAACCAAACGCUGUCCCAGCGCGACCUGGAGUUCCACUUGUCGGAGGGUCAGGCUCUGACCCUGGGUCAGCUGACCAACGGAACUCGGCUAAGGACUCGCGUUGGAACGCUGACCGUCGUUGGACUCGUCGACAUUGUGGACCCUUCGUCUCUGUCGUCUCGUUAUGUCAAUGGCCUCUUUGUUGCCGCCGCCGACAUCAUGGCUGCCAACGGCGUCAUACACGUCCUGCGGGGAACUCUUCUGGCCCCGCCCCCUCGCCCGGAGGUUGGUGCGUCUCACAAGGCGGGGGCGGGGCUCGGCGCCGUCCUGCUCGUGGUUCUGGUGUCAGGUUUCCUUUUUGUGGGAUUUCACUUCCACAGACGCUCCGACAAAUUCUUCCAGUUCCGCUACUUCAAGGAGGAUGAGGAGGAGGCGGAGGCUGCAUGUGCGACCCGCAGCAUCUCCAACCCGGCGUACGAGGACGCUGCUCCAGCACGCCUGCCCGACAUCGCCGUGGUCCAGGGGUCAGCCGGGUUCAGGCGAGUGGGAGACCUCCCGCAGGUCAGCUGACGUGUGAAGAAGUUGAAAUGUUGGAAAGUUCAAACUAAACUUGGUG